AUGUCAAAAUCGUCUCAAAAAAUAUUUUUAACGACAGAUAUUCUUUAUACGAUUUUUAGUAAUCUUAAAAGACAGGAUGAUAUUUAUUCGUUAUUGACGGUUCACUCAAUAUGGACUGAGAUUUUAAUAAAGAAUUUAUGGAAAUCACCUUUAUGGACUUCGACAAAAUCCUUCGCAUGUUUUAUUAAAACUCUUCAAUGUCCUACUCCUUAUUUUCCUUACUCUACAUUAAUUCGUAACCUUUCAUUCACACCACAUAAAAAUCGAGAUCCACCUUCAUUCACACAAAAAGAUAUUUUAUUUCUUGCCAAAAUAUGUACGAAUUUAACGAACCUUACAGUAUCAUGGAUGCAAGAUCCAUUCAAUUCUCAUACAUUCUCCCAAUUUUUAAUAAAUUCCCCUAAUUUAAAAUCAAUCGUUGCGCCAAGUUGUACUAUAGAAUGGCUUACCAACGCAUUGAAUCCUAUUAUAACGAAUCGUUCCGUAAGAUCAUUAUAUCAUAUUGAAUUAAAAAAUUGGUCAUAUGAAACAUUAGAAACUACCGUAUUAUUAAAAAAGAUUUCUUUAAAUUGUAAAAAUAUUAAAUCUAUUUCAGCUCCUUUAUUAAUAACUAAAGAUAUAGCUUCUAUAAUAAUUUCUUCAUACCCUCAAUUAGAAAAAUUUAGAUGUCAUUCAAUAACAAAUGAUGGAUUAAAGAUUUUGGUCAAAGGAUUAAGAAAUUUAAAAGAAUUAACAUUAGCAUUUGAUAAUGAAGAUCAAGAUAUAAAUGAUGAAAAUACUUUUCAUUACGCAAAAGAUUUUUCUAUAUUAGAAAAAUUUAUUCUUACUAUAGGUUAUGAUUCAAAUUUUCCAAAAUUUUUUAAUAUAUUUUCUUCAUAUCAAAAAAAUCUUAAAGAAUUAGAAUUAAUUCAUUGUUUUGGUUUAAGGGAUGAUUCUUUUAUACCUAUAGUAAAACAUUGUAAUUCUUUAGAAUCUAUUAAAUUAAAAUGGUGUUCUCAAUUAACAGAUUCAUCUUAUAUCGCUUUAGCUGAAGGAAGAAAUCAAAAUUUAAAAAAAUUAUUCAUAUUUAGAAGUGAGAUCACUGAUAUUGGUUUAACUCAUAUUUCAGAAAAUUGUUCAAAUCUUGAAAUAAUGGAUUUAGAAAAUUGUAAAUGGAUUACAUUAAAUAGUUUGGUGAUGAUAAUCAGGAAUUGUAAGAAAUUAAGAAAAUUAAGGGGAAGUUUACCAGAAAGUAUUGCCGUUGGUAUAAUUUAUGAAAUUAUUAAAAAUGAUGAUUUUAAAAAUGAAAUAAUUAAUUUAUUAAACGAGAUAACGAAUACUUUUAUGAUUAAUAAUGAUCUGAUUGAUUUGGAAAGGAGAAAUGUUUUGAAGAAAAAUCUUAGAUUAAGAAAAAAAUUUAAUGAAAAAUUAUUACAAGAAUUAUCAAAAUCUUGUCCUAAUUUAAGAAAAUUAAUGAUUAGAAAUAGUAAAAUUGAAAAUAUAACUGGUGAUAAAUUGAUUAAUAUUUUACAUAACUUUGAAAAUCUUGAAAAGUUAUGUAUGAUCCCUUCUAAUUUACAUAGAAAUCAUAUUAAACAAUUGGAAAAACAUUCAAGAUUAAAAGAAGUUUUACUCAUUGGUGGUUGUACUGAAAAAGCUGAACGUUAUAUUGAAGAAAAUAGAAACAGAAAAUUGUUUAUAAAGAUUAUGCAUACUUACGGAUUCUUGCGUUUCUGA